AUGAAAGAUACUAAUUCGUCAAGUGUUAUAAACAGAAGUAGAUAUAAAAUUAAAGAUAGUGACCUAGAUGAUAAUCAAAUCAAUGCAAGUGAUCAUAAAAUACAUAAUAAUGAUGAUAAUAAUCAUAAAGGAGAAAAAAAAAAUUAUGAUAUUACAAAAAAAGGGGAAGAGUUGAAAGCAAUAGAUAUGAACAAUGCGUUUAUUAAGAUAAUGUUAUUUAUUAUAUUAACAUUUCAUUCGAUAUUAUACUUUUUUUUAAUAAGAAUAAAAAAAAGUGAGAAUAUAAAUUAUAAAUUUAAAAAUGAAAAUAUAAUAUUUAUUACAGAGAUUGUAAAGUUUCUUAUAUCUUUUUUUUUCUUCUUUAGAGAACAUAAAUUUAGUACUAUAUUAGUUUAUAAAAGUAUAAAGGAAAUAAUAACAAAAAGAAGAUUAUAUAUAGUAUGUUUGAUAAUACCAAGUCUUUUAUAUUAUUUUCAGAAUAUAUUUUUUUAUAUAUCUUUAGCAAAUAUUCCUACUCCUGUAUUUCAGUUAUUAUAUCAAUUUAGAAUAUUGACAGUUAUUAUAUUUAGUUUUAUUAUAUUAAAAAAAAAAAUUAGUUAUUCUCAAAAGAUAUCUGUAUUGUUUUUAUUUUUAUCAUUGGCAUGUUUAAAAGAUUAUAAUAUAAAUGAUAAUGGUCAUACAGUAUCAUAUGAUAAGGAAUCUAGAACAAAUUCCUCAUAUCAUGACAUUAUAACUAAUAAUUAUUUUUUAUUAAAGGACUUUCUAUUUCCUCGUAUGAAAAAAAAUAUAUGGUCUAAAAGAAAUAUACAUUUAGAUAAUUUCAAUAAUAAAAUUGUUAAUAUUAAUAAUUUUUUGAUACCUUACUUGUUUUAUCAUAUUACACAAAAAAAAAAAAACAUAUUUCAAAAUAUAAUAAAUCAGAAGUCUAUUCAAAAUGAGAACAAUAAAUUAUAUGAUCAUAGAAUGAAUCUAAUAUAUAGGAAUAGAGAUAGAGGAGGAAAUAUAUCACCAGAGUAUGAAAAAUUAGAAUAUAACAAGAAGGAUACAACAAUUCCUAAUAAUAAUAAUAAUAAUAAUAAUAAUAUGAAGAAUAAGAAGAGUUAUUAUAAUAUAUAUAGUAAUAUGUAUUAUAAUUUUUAUCAACAUAGGAAAUACAAAAUUUAUAAAUAUCUUAUGAAAUACAAAAAAUUAUCCAUUAAUAAUAUAAGACAUAAUAUGAAGAGAUAUCCAAAUUUCUUUAUAGGUUUAGUCACUACUUUUUUAUCAACUCUUACCAGCGGAUUUUCUAGUGUCUUUUUAGAAUUUCUCUACAAAAAAUAUGCAUAUUCUUUUUGGUUUCAAAAUAUGUGCUUAGCAUUUUUUACUAUCAUAUUUAGUUAUUUUACCAAAAAUUUUGAUUUUUAUAUAUUUUUUAAAAAUUUAAAAAAAAAAAAAAAAGAAAAAAAAAAAUUAAUAUAUGAUGAUGAACAGAAUGAUACUACAAUAAAAAAUAAAAACAAAAAAAAAAAUAAUAAUAAUAAUAGUAGUAGUAGUAGUUGUUGUUGUAGUAGUACACAUAUUUAUCAUAAUAAUAUAAAACAUUUAGAUAGUAAUUUUUUUUUAUUUUAUAUAAUAAAAAAUUUUUUUUUUCAACAUUUUAAUUCUUUUGGAGAAUUUUUAUAUUUAUCCUUAUUAAUCAUUUUAAAUAGUAUUGGAGGUAUUUUAAUUGCGAUUUUUAUAAAAUAUUCUGGUAGUGUGUCCAGAUUUUUUGUUACACCUGUUAGUAUGUUAUUUAAUAUUUAUAUUUCAUCUAUUUAUUUUAAAGAUUUUCAUUGUACCUUUUCUUUUUUUAUAUCAUUAAUAUUUGUAUCUUUUUCCUUAUAUUUCUAUUUCAUAUAA